AGUGGAGCGGCGAGGCGGCUGGCUGCCGAGCUCCGCGCUGGCUCUGUGCUGUGCUCUCCCGGCCAGCGGCGCCUGGUCUCCCUCGGCCGCUCGGAGAUGACGCGCUUCGCCCUCACCGUGGUCCGGCAUGGAGAAACAAGACUUAACAAAGAGAAAGUACUUCAAGGACAAGGUGUGGACGAGCCGCUUUCUGAGACUGGGUUCCAACAGGCAGCUGCUGCUGGGAGCUUUUUGAAAAAUGUGUUGUUCACACAUGUGUUUUCCAGUGACCUCACCAGGACCAGGCAGACUAUCCAUGGGAUUUUGGAGAAAAGUAAAUUUUGUAAAGACAUGACAAUAGCGUAUGAUUCAAGACUUCGUGAAAGGAGAUAUGGGGUUGCCGAAGGCAAGCCACUGAGCGAGCUGCGGGCCAUGGCCAAGGCUGAGGGGAAAGAGUGCCCGGUGUUCACACCUCCCGGAGGAGAGACACUCGACCAGGUAAAAAUGCGUGGAAAAGAUUUCUUUGACUUUCUUUGUCAACUAAUCCUAAAGGAAGCAGGUCAGAAAGAACCGCUUUCCCCAGAAGUCCCAGGCAACUGUCUGGAAUCUUCUUUGGCAGAGAUAUUUCCUUUAGGAAAUAACUGCAGCCCUGAGAGCCACGUGGCCUAUGGCCACGCAGGACUGGCAGCCAGCGUCCUGGUGGUGAGCCAUGGGGCCUACAUGAGGAGCCUGUUCGGCUACUUUCUGACUGACCUGAAGGGCUCCUUGCCGGCCACUCUGAACAGAUCGGAACUCGCGGCUGUCAGCCCCAACACUGGGAUCAGCCUCUUCAUCAUAGACUUUGAGGAGGGAGGAGAGCCUGAGGUCCACUGUGUCUGUAUGAACCUGCGGGACCACCUCAAUGGAGGCAACUGAGGGUGCCGGGCCUAGCCACGUCCGAGUCUGAGCAGCUGAGGUCUGCAGGGAGCACCCUUGGCUUGCCUCAGUUCUGUCCUCUGCUGUGCUGAUUUGGGAACAGGGAAAAAUCAACCUACAAACCUCCACCCCGGACAGCGAUGGAAAGCCAUUUUAUAUUGAUUGAAUUUGCACAAGUGCUGUUGGCCUACUCCAGAGUAAUUUUACGGCCCUACUCGGUCACGUCUGCAUUGUACGUGGACGGGGGCCCUCAGCAUUGCAGCUGGGGAUUGAUCACCUUGCCGCUGUGUAUUUCCCCAUUUUAAAAUGUUGGUGCAUUUUUUAAUGCUCUGCUUAUAUAUAUGUAUUAAUUACUCCUGGGAAAAUACUGUAUGCUUUUGCAUCUCAUCCAGUGCUUCAAAAAAGGAGCUCCCUGUAAUUGACACUGUAUAUUUAUAGCAAUUGUGUUAUAUUUAAAAAUUUCUUUAAAGGAAAUAUUCUCCCUCUCAUAAGUUAUUGAAAAUAAAACAGUAAAAAAAC